UUUGUGUUGUCAUGUCACAUAUAGAUUUGUAGAGUUUCGCUUUUAUAUCAGCAAGUCCAUAAUUCGUCGCAUUUCGUUCGUCAGUCAAAAUUGGAAAAUCUAAAAGUUGAUUGGAAAAUGUUUUCUACUCAAAUAGUGCAAUUUUUAAACUUUUUCGAUUUGUUUGCAUACAACAGUGGGUUCUCCAAACUCUCCCAAUACCAAAACUUUACUUGUUUGAUGUCCACUUUUCACAUAUCAAUAGCAAUUUUUCUAACACUUUUCCAAUUUUACAUGAUUCCUGAAUAUUAUGCUUCGCUCAGUACAAUAGAAAUAAUCAGUGAAAGUGUACAAUAUUCUUCACCACUUUUUACACUUUGGCUGAUAAUAUUCGACAGUAUUUACCAUCGGCGAGCGCAUCAAUGUUUUUGGGAAACUCUUCAAGAAAUUAACAAAUAUUACAACUCUCAAGCAACAUAUAAUUUUCGAAAUUAUUUGAUACAGUUCUUGGAAUUUUUUUCAGUUGACGCAAUAAUCGUUUUGAUGCGGUUAUUAGAAGAAAAUUUUGGCGUUGGUUUUGCAUACCAUACUUUAUUUAACUUAUCUCAAAUCAGACUAUUUUAUUAUCUAUUUUGUGUGGAAGUUGUGUCAUUUCAUUUUAAAGAAAUUUGCAAAGAGCUCAAGUUGGUGAAAAGGAUUCACACAGAAACGUCAACGUACAUCAGCCGCCUAAAAUGGAUUCGUGAAUAUUAUGGACGAAUUUCAAAAAUGCAACAACUUUUAAAUCAAUUUUUCGGUUGGUCACACGUUGCAGUAAUCACAUAUUGUUUUUACCACGUUCUUACAGAGCUAACUUGGAUUUACAUACACUUUAACGAAUCACCAAUUGUACAAAAUAUUCGAAUGUCUGUUUUGGCUAUUCACUGCCAUUUGAUAUCAUUUUAUCUAUUUCAUAGUGCAGCCAGAUGUUGUGCUACGGUAAGACAUAUUAUUGAUCUUGUGGGUGAUAUUGGUUUCAAUUUUUACAACGAUGAGAAUGAAUUGCAAACUGAAAUAACACAACUGUAUUUGGUUCAUCAUCACGUUUGGUUUCAUGCCAGAGGAAUGUUUUUGAUAAAUAUCGGAACAUUUCUUAAGUUCUCAGGCGCAGUUAUCAUUUAUCUAAUUAUAUUUAUUCAAUGCAUUGAAACAUUUGCAAAGUAAUGAUAUGCAAUCUAGGACAUAUACGGUCAAUAUAUAAUACAAUAACAACACUGUUGACAACAUAUCAAAUCAAAUUUAACAUUCAUUCAAAGCCAUUUAUCAAUAUCAAUUAACCGAGUUCGUCAUUUUUGUUUGGCCCUUGAAAACAUUUGAACAAUCAAUAAUAUUGUAAUGCGUGUAAUCAUAAAUAAACAUUACUACAAUUUGUCACAACGUUAA